ACAAGCUAAAGUUUUUCCGGACAACUGUUUGCCAAACAAAAAUAUCAAUAAGCGGACAUAAUGGUACCGAUCGAAUCAAUGUUUCGCUUACUUGUAUUUACCAUUUUACUAGCAUCAGUGAAAUUCUCUACAACAGAACAGUUUGACGUUGAUGAACAAAUUUCUGAUGUAAAUCCAAACGACGGGACAAUUCAAAAAUACGUAGAGGAGCAAAGCAAAGGAUGGAUUGAGCAAGGUGACCAACGUCAACCCAAAGUUAAUGUCAAACUAGAAUUAACCAAAUUGAACAUUUCUCAUGCGUGGGAUAGCUCUUGGCCAACAAAGACGCGUCAAUUAGGAAGUGUUAGUGCAGUUAGUUUUGAUAAUAAUGGAAAUGUUGUGGUAUUCCAUCGCGGUGAUCAUGUUUGGGAUGGUUCAUCGUUUAAUUAUGAUAAUGUUUAUUUACCGCGAAGCAAAGGGCCAAUUGCAGCUAAUGCGAUAAUUGCAUUCAAUCGAAAAACGGGUGAAGUUUCAUACGAAUGGGGGAACGGGAUGUUCUAUAUGCCACACGGUCUAACUGUUGAUCAUGAAAACAAUGUGUGGGUAACGGAUGUGGCAUUGCAUCAAGUCAUGAAAUUCAGUGCAAACAAUCGAACGAAGCCGGAGCUUAUUCUUGGCACGGCAUUUCAACCGGGAAAUAGUUUGAAAAAAUUUUGUAAACCAACGGCAGUGGCAUGUCUGCCGGAUGGUGAUUUCUUCAUAUCGGACGGAUACUGCAAUGCUCGUAUUAUUAAAUAUUCACGGACCGGAGAACGAAUCCUCAGCUGGGGACAGAAUUCAUUCUCAGGUCAUGCAUUUGAUCAUGCUCCCAGGAAUUUCUUUGCUAUUCCACAUGCGUUAACACUUGCGACCGAUUUGGGUUUGCUCUGUGUGGCGGAUCGUGAAAAUGGACGAGUUCAGUGUUUUCACACGGACAACGGAACAUUCCAUUCGCAAUAUCACAGUGGAAUCGUUGGUGAUCGGCUUUUUAGCGUUGCUUAUGCUCCAAUAAACGGUGGCCAAUUGUAUGUUGUAAAUGGACCACUAUUGGGUCAUUCAGCUGACAAUGCGGUUCUAGGAUUCGUUAUUCAUAUGCAAUCGAACAAAGUUAUCGCGAAAUUUGGGCCAAAUGACGGUGUUUUCGAGAAUCCACAUGAUAUUAUCGUAACGCCUGAUGGCAAUGAGAUUUAUGUGGCUCAAUAUGCUCCCAACAUAGCUUUCAAAUUUAUGUCGAAAACUCCGGCUACAUCGAACGCCAUUAAAACUUUUCCAAAUAAUUCGGCACUGAAACCGUCGGUUACAUUAGAUAAUAAUACGAUGACAUCGAGUGAAACAUCGGAAUUGGAAACAACAGCGACUGAUGCACAAGCAAGUCAACAAAUAUUGUUCAUAAUUGGUUUGUUCAUAUCGUUUAUUUGCAUUACUUUGUUCGCUGUAUGGGUCAUACGUCGACGGAAACUAGAUUCAAGGAAUCGGCGACGACACGCUUGGGACUUUCCAACAGUUAAAACUGACUUUAAGCUAGGAAAUUUGCUGGAACGAAAAAGAGGAUUUGAAAAAUUAGAUCAGGAAGCCAGCGAUGAAGAACCAAAUUCAAGUACAAACGCUCUUCUAUCGAGCGCACAAUUCGCAUAAGUCUUCUAACACAAUUGUACAGUUUUUUUUUCUCUCUAGAAAAUCUCAAACAAUAACUCGAACACAAAUUCAAUUGUUUUCUUUUUUCAAUUCAAUUGUUAUGUACCCAAUCGAGCAUAUAUUUAAUAUUAUAGAUUAUGAAUAAGACCAAACAAACUGAACAAAUAAAAUAUUAUAAUUUGUAAAUAGAUGCAAAUAAA